AAAAGUGCGGUCGUGUGCCGCAGAGAGGCCUAAAGGUGUCUCUAAGUAAAGAAGGUCGCAUGAAAAGUCUGGUUUUUAAGCGAACAAUGACGUCUUUGCAAGUGCAGGAAGAAAUUCACCGAGGGUUUAAGUCUGUUUGUCAUGAUGGACCUAUCCAUUUUCUUUGUGCCAUGAAGGAUAACAAGCUUGUUGAGUCGUCUAUUGUGCAGCUGGGUGGAGAUGAUAUUUGCGGGAAAAGGGGAGCUGUGUAUGUGUAUCAAGACCCUAAGCCUGUCAAAUUGUCAAGCAGUGUUGAAGAGAGUUCUGAUACAGAUUUGGAUGAAUUACCUAAUUUCCCUAGUAACACUCCAAAAAUCUGGAAACCAAAAGAUGAUGAGAUGGGUGUAUUGGAGAAUGCUGAUUCUUGCCGUAUGAAGUUUGUGUGCUCACUGUCCCUGAAGGAGGGCGUAUCACAUGAAGUUGAAAGAGUGAAUAUUUACUCCAGUGUUAUGACACUGUUCACAAUGAAUCGAGAAGUAAUCUUACAGGAGUACCCCUUGCAAAUUCGUUUUAGGGGAGAGAGAGCAGUUGAUGUGGGUGGUGUCUCUCGAGAUUUUUUUUCUGCGUUUUAUGAUGCUGUUUAUGCCAAGUAUUGCGAUGGUGUGUCGCUCCUUUAUCCUGUUGUCAACCCUCAUGUGAAAACAUCAGAACUGAAAACACUUGGGCUAGUUAUAUCUUGUGGUUAUCUCCUUUCUGCUGUCCUUCCUGUUCGCAUAGCAUUUCCUACCCUUGCUGCAAUUUUGCUUGCAAAAUCCCAUGACUUACCUGAUCAUGUCAUGGUUGAUUCAUUUGCUGGCAUACUUAGUGCCCAUGAUUCAGCUGUUAUUCAAUCAGCAUGCAGAAAGGUGGAGUUCAAGGAGCCUUUUUCAGAAUCUCUUGAAACAAAUUUACUAACAGUAUUCAGUUGUUUUGAUUGCCGGCAAGCACCAUCUGUAGGCACUUUCUCCCAUGUUGUUCGUGAUAUUUCGAACUAUCUGUUCCUCAGAAAGCCUUGUGCCUUUAUCAAUGAUGUUCGUGCAGGAAUACCCUCGGUUCAUCAACGGUUUUGGAAAGCCAUGAGAUGCCGAGAUUUGUAUGACUUGUACAGGUCUAUGCAAGCUUCCACUGCUAAAGUGCUGAGUAUGCUAAGCGAAUUAUCACCUUCUACACCAAAGGAGGAAGUUGUGCUGUCGUACUUACGCCAGUACAUAGGAAACAUGCGGCAGGAAGAGUUGCAAAUUUUCUUACGGUUUGUGACAGGAUCUUCUGUUUGUACAGCAAAUCCACUUCUUGUUACUUUCAACAAUCUGGAGGGAUUGGCUCGUAGACCUGUGGCCCAUACAUGUGGGUACACACUUGAACUAUCUACUUCAUACGCUUCAUAUUCAGAUUUUGCUCAAGAGUUUUCUUCCGUUCUCAAUACUUGCCAGCAGGAUAAUCUAUGGAACAUGGACGCUGUGUAGUGCUUCUUAUGUCACUGAGAAGUAUUAUACGCUUUGCAUGCAUUUAUAUGGAGUCGUAAUUGUAUUAUGAUU